GGUAGUGGCUCUAAGUGUCACUGUUGUCCAGCAGACUGCACUGAGGGACCAACCUGGGUUCACCAGUAAUGAUUGCAUAGUUUGGACUAAUUUGCUUCAGUUAGUAUGGCUACAUUCUCAACAGAGUCUUUUGAGAAGAAGCUCUCAGAGCUGAGAUACAACAGGACAAGCGUUCAUACCCUGUCCUACUGGCUCAUCCACUACAGGAAGCAUUCUCAGGUCAUCGUUUCUGUGUGGCACAGAGAGCUGCGUAAGGCAGAGCCAAGUAGGAAGCUGAUUUUUCUAUACUUGGCACAUGAGGUUAUCCAAAGCAGCACAAGAAAAGGACCAGAAUACACUGAAGAGUUUGCCCGUGUCAUUGUGGAUGCCUUUAAACAUGCUGUACCGGAGUUAGAUGGCACCGGUAAGAAACACCUAGGCAAAUUUCUUUCUGUCUGGGAAGAUAAGGCUGUGUAUAACCGUGUGAUUUUGGAGCAGCUGAAGAUAAUACUUUAUGGUGAAAAGAAGCCAAAGAAGCGUUUGUAUAGUGAGGUGAAAGGAGGUGGUGAUGAUGAUGCAAUUCCAGCAAAAUAUAAACCAGCAAAAGCACCUUCAACGGCCAAUAAUCUUCUGCGUGUUAUACAAGGAGUUGAGAGUGCAGCCUCCAGAGAUGCAGCUGUGCACCAAGAGAUAUCCUUCAUACCUAGAGAGGUGCAAGAUUUGUCUUAUUUGGGCAAACCUGGUGAUCUGGAGUAUUGCCGUAAGCAUUCCACACUUGUACGAGAUGCCUCCAAACUGCUGGCAGAAGGCUAUGGUAGACUGGCAGCGGAAGUCGAUGACAGGAAGCAGCUGAUUGGAAUGCUGUCCAACUUUUUGCAACAUCAGAAAGUGGUGAAUGAUGAAAAGGAACACCAACUGGAAAUGUACAAGAACAUGUUGGAAAGAGCAAAAAAGAUUCAGGAACAACUGCGCACUCGGCUUGAAGAUAAACCUGAUCUUACUCACCUCUCAAGUGGUUCAAAAAAUGAGGAAUAUCAGCCGUAGGCUUUACAUAUGUGCCUCGAAGAUUGAAAAUAAGAACUAUCGUCUCCUGGAUUACAUUUGGAGAAAUAUUACUAUUAUUUAUAUAUGUAGUUGUGGAAUAUUCCAGACAAUAACAUCAAAAUAAAUAUUGUAUUAUAGUGAUAAGUUAUGCAUUUGAGUCCCAUGCAGUUUUUUUCAUCUAAUAUCAUACCUUCCUCUAGCACUUUGUAAAACCCUUUGUUUUAGUUCCCUUCAAUUUUUUGUGCUUUAUGGUCCCCAUCGGCAGAAGGCAGAAGGAGGACAUCAAGGUCUACUCAACAAUAACAGAGCAGAUCACUCUUGGGGCAAAACAUUGGACAGUUACACUAUACUUACUUACCCAGGGUGGUGGUAAAAACAUUACUUGCCACUCUGAUAAUGAUCAACUCAAACUGUCAAGGUCUGGUAGCCAUGAGGAGGA